AUGACCAUGAACUUUUUUCGGUGCCAACAGAUCGCACCCAGAUAUCCCUUGUUUCCGUCCGAUUUCGUUCGGUCUUUCUCCUCAUCCUCUCCGCGACUUGUCAAGAAGAGAAUGCCCCCCAAGAAAGCGGCCGUGCCUGAGAAGAAAACCCUUCUUGGGCGACCAGGGAACAAUCUUAAAAUCGGCAUCGUAGGUGUUCCAAACGUCGGGAAGUCAUCCUUUUUCAAUGCGCUGUCCCAAACCGAUCUGGGCAAGGCCGCAAACUUUCCUUACGCUACCAUAAAUCCUGAGGAAGCUCGCAUCCCCGUUCCCGACACACGGUUCGACUGGCUUUGUGAUUUAUACAAGCCCGCUUCUCGUGUCCCCGCUUUUUUAACUAUCAUCGACAUUGCUGGACUCACCGCGGGUGCUUCCACGGGGGCCGGACUGGGCAACGCCUUCCUGUCUCAUGUUCGGGCCGUAGAUGGCAUCUUCCAGAUGGUCCGGGCAUUCGACGAUGCCGAGGUCAUACACGUUGAAGGAGACGUUGACCCCAUUCGCGACAUCACAAUCAUACAGACGGAACUGAGACUGAAGGACAUCGAAUGGGUAGAGAAAGCUCUAGAUGCUCUAAAGAAAACCGGUCGCAGUCUCGGGAAUAGCAGUCUCGCGGACAAGGCUAGGAAGGAAGAGAUUGCGACAACAGAGAAGAUCUUGAAGCACAUCAAGGAAGAUAAGAAAGAUGUUCGCAAGGGCGAUUGGAGCAAUAAAGAGAUCGAUGUUGUCAACGGCCUGCAACUUUUGACGGCAAAGCCCGUGACUUAUCUUGUCAAUCUGAGCGAGAAGGACUUCGCUCGUAAGAAAAACAAGUGGCUAGCGAAGAUCAAAGCGUGGAUAGAUGAGAACAAUCCUGGAGAUAAUCUGAUUCCCUUUUCGGUCGCGUUGGAGGAACGUUUGGCCCCCAUGUCGGCCGAAGAAAUGGAGGCAGCUCAGAAAGAGAUUGGCGCCACCAGUUCUCUUGGAAAAAUUACCCAAGCUGGAUAUGCCAGCCUCGAUCUCAUUCGAUACUUCACGUGUGGGCCUGAUGAAGUCCGUGCUUGGACUAUUCGCAAAGGCACCAAGGCUCCUCAGGCUGCCGGCGUCAUCCACUCUGAUUUUGAGAACAAAUUCGUUUGCGGAGAAAUCAUGGCUUUCGACGAUCUGAAGGAGCUUGGAUCCGAGGCUGCCGUGAAAGCUGGUGGGAAGGUCAGACAACAGGGCAAGCCCUAUGAGAUGAUCGAUGGUGACAUUGCCUACUGGAAGGCUGGCGGAUAAGCCUCUGGAUUAACCUGUACAUUCUUGCCGCAAAUCAAAUGUAUCCUUUACGUGACUAGAGUUAUUCGGUGUCCAAGAUUGAAUGUAGUGUACAGAUGCUCGGUUUAUGACCAAACAGGAUCGAGCUUUCAGACGGUUGAAGAAGUGCCCGGCCAAUUGCCCAAAAAUUCGUAGCCAUGCUCGGUCGGAGGCGUCAACUUGGACAGCUUGCCCAAUUGUUCGUCUGCAAUCUCGUGAAGACGCGUCGCACCGUUCAAAAG